AUGUCUCUCGUAGAAGGUUUAUCUCAUAUUACAUUGGCCACUUCUGCCAUUGAAAAAUAUGAACAAUGUGUAGAGUUUUAUUCCACUUUUGGCUUUCAAACCAUUUCUCAAAAUGUUCCGCCAAAUUCUAGUAUAGUAGAAAUGGUUCAAAACAGGUCAGAACAAGAAAAGUUGCUACACCUAUUUGCUAAACCUCCUGCCACCCCUAUCACCUUGAAAAUUGUAUUGUCAAAAAACGCGACUGUAAAUGUGGCAGUGCCUGAAGACAAAGAUUGGAGACUAGAACCCGUGUCAAUCGCAGUUGUUUCUAAGAAUAUUGAAAGUGUGAUAUCAAUCUUAGAUUCUUCAAAUUUAUGUUAUAAAAAAUAUACCUAUCCUGGGUUCGAUCAUUCAUAUCAUUUUGAAAUAUCACCUGAUUUGGUCCACAUUGAAAUUUAUACCCAUGAUCCUUUAAACAAUUUGAUUUGUUUCUCCAAUAAACCAUUUCCAUUCGACAAGACUUUACAUCCUGUAUCUCCCGUAAAACCAUCCAUGCUUUCUCCUUCCGAUAAUAAACCAAAGUUUACCAAAAAGAGAAUAGGUUUAUUGACAAGUGGGGGUGAUUCUUCAGGUAUGAAUGCUGCAGUUAGAUCAAUUGUAAGAGUUGCAAUUUCACGUGGCUGCGAAGCAUACGCAAUCUAUGAGGGCUAUGAAGGACUAGUACAAGGUGGUGACAUGAUAAAAAAAUUUAGUUGGAGUGAUGUUAGAGGAUAUCUCUCUAUAGGUGGUACGCUUAUUAGAACUGCUCGUUGUCAAUCGUUUCGUGAACAUAAAGGUAGACUAGAAGCUGCAUAUAAUUUAAUUAAAAACGGAAUCGAUGCCUUGAUUGUUUGUGGUGGUGAUGGUACAUUAACCGGUGCCGAUACUUUAAGAUCUGAAUGGUCUGAUUUGACAAAAGAACUUAUCCAGACUGGUAAAUUAACUGCUGAAGAAGUCGUUCCACAUGCGAAUCUCACUAUAGUUGGUAUCGUUUGUUCAAUUGACAAUGAUAUGGCAAAAACUGAUAUUACCAUUGGUGCCGUGACUUCACUACAUCGUAUUUGUGAGGCUGUUGAUAGCAUUUCAUCUACAGCUUUUAGCCAUUCUCGUGCUUUUGUCAUUGAAGUAAUGGGAAGACAUUGUGGUUGGUUGGCUUUAAUGGCUGCUAUUAGUACUGGCGCAGAUUAUGUUUUUAUUCCUGAGCGUCCACCAGAAGCAAAUAAGUGGAAAAAAGAAAUGCUUGAAUCAUUAGAAAGGCCCAUCAAGUGUGAUGAUAUAAAAAAACUCUUACUUGACGCGAAAAUUGACACAAGGGUCACUACAUUAGGGCAUAUUCAACGUGGUGGUAGACCAUGCGUUUAUGAUCGGAAUCUUGGAGUUGAAGCUGUAGAAGCAGUUCUUCGAGCAACGCCAGAUACGCCAUCUCCAAUGAUUUCUGUAAGGGAGAAUAAAAUCAUGUCUGAACCGUUAAUGGAGGCUGUUGAAUUGACCCAUCAGGUCACUGAAGCUAUUGCAGAAAAGAAUUUUCGUAGAGCAAUGGAGUUGCGAGAUCCAGAAUUUGCCCAAGGUUUCAAUUCAUACUUGUCUACGGCCUAUAUGAAAAAUAAGGCAUCGCUACAACAAAAUCAUAGCCUAAGGAUAGGUAUAAUUCAUAUUGGCGCACCUGCUGGAGGAAUGAAUGCAGCAACACGUGCUGCUGUUCGAGUUGCUAUUAAUCAUGGUCAUAAACCUAUUGCUAUAUAUAAUGGGUUUUCUGGUCUUUUACAAGAAAAUGUUCAUGAACUUAAUUGGUUAGAUGUUGAUGACUGGUCAUCAAAAGGUGGUUCAGAACUUGGAACAAAUAAAGCUGAAGCUGAUAAUUUAGGUUUAAUCGCAUAUCAAUUACAAAAACAAGGAAUAAAUGCCUUACUUCUUAUUGGAGGUUUCGAAGCAUAUACAUCCCUUAUAAAAUUAAAUAAUGCUAGGGAUAAUUAUCCUGCUUUUUGUAUUCCUAUGGUGUGUAUUCCUGCCACUAUUUCGAACAAUGUUCCAGGUACUGAAUUUUCAUUAGGCUGCGACACAAGCUUGAACGCUAUAGUUGACAGUUGUGAUGCCAUCAAGCAAUCUGCAUCCGCUUCUAGAAGGCGUGUAUUCGUUGUAGAAGUACAAGGUGGUCAUUGUGGUUAUUUGGCUGUGAUGUCUGGUCUUGCGGUUGGUGCUACAAAUAUAUACGCUCCAGAAUAUGGUUUAUCCCUUGAAACUCUUCAGGAAGAUGUGAAUCAUCUUAUUCGUAGAUUCGGGGCAGAUAAAAAAAGUACUAGUUCUGGACGUUUAUUCCUUAGAAAUGAAUCAGUAUCGAGCACAUAUACAACAAAUGUUAUUGCAAACAUCAUAAAGACUGAAGGUAAAGGGCUUUUCGAUUCACGAACUUCUAUUCUGGGUCAUAUUCAACAAGGUGGUGCACCUUCACCAAUGGAUCGAAUUCGCGCAAAAAAGUUUGCUGUGGAAUGCGUAUCCUUUUUAGAAAAACAUGCUAAAUUUUCCGGAUCUUCUGGUAACUCCAAGUACCCAAAGGUUUAUACAAAAGACAAAGAAUCUGCUGCUGUCAUUGGAAUUACUGGUGCUCAAGUUGUUUGUACGCCUGUAAUUGAUUUGCAGUCAGAUACUGACUUUGAGUGUCGUAAAAGUAAGAAAGCGUGGUGGCUCAAUGUGAAACCUUUGGUGGAAUUAUUAUCAAAAUGGGGAUAUUCGGAUAGUGAACCAAUAGAGGAAGAUAUGAAUAUUUGUGGGGAUUCUAUUGGUCCGGAGUAA